AUGGCCAAAGGAACUCAUCACCCUGGGGCCAGAAGAAUUGCUCGUCAAGUGGUCCUGCAAAGGAUCCAGGAGCUUUCUGAUUUGGACCAGUGAGACCCCUUCAUGCUGGCCGACCUGGACAUGCUGGUCAGCUGCCAUCGGGCCUUCUGCCAAGGCCUGCCAUGGGUCUCGCCCUUCUAUGCACUGAAGUGUAACAACGGCCCUUGGGCGCUGCAUGUCCUGGCCACCCUGGGCACCGGCUUCGACUGUGCCAGCCAGAUGGAGCUGGAGCACGUGCUGGGCCUGGGCGUGGCCCCCUCUCGUGUCAUCUAUGCCAACCCCUGCAAGCCUGCCUCCCACAUCUGGUAUGCUGCCCACCACGGGGUGCAGCUCCUGACCUUUGUCAGCGAGGAGGAGCUGACCAAGGUGGCCCAGCACCACCCCAGGGCCAGGCUGCUCCUCCGGCUGGGGACUCAGGACAGCCAGAGCACCUUCCCCCUGAGCACCAAGUACGGAGCCAGCCUGGAGGCAUGUGGGCACCUGCUCAUGUCUGCCAGAGACCUGGGGUUGGCCGUGGUUGGAGCCAGCUUCCACGUGGGCCCUGACUGCCAGACACCCCAGAGCUUCACACAGGCCAUCGCUGACUGCCAGCGCGUUUUUGAAAAGGGCCGCGGGGCUGGGCAUGAUAUGAGCCACCUGGACAUUGGAGGGGGCUUCCCUGGAAUGGAGGGCUCCGGGACCAAGUUUGAGGAGUUGGCGAGAGUGAUCAGUGCUGCCCUGGCCCAGGACUUCCCUGAGGAGUGUGGCGUCAAGGUCAUCGCAGAGCCUGGCCGCUUCUAUGUGGAGUCUGUCUGCACUGCCGCUGUCAACAUCAUUGCCAAGAAGGCUGUGCUGGAGCCUGAAGGCAGCCGGAAGCUGGUGUAUUAUCUCAAUGAUGGCCACUAUGGCUCCUUCGGCGCCUGCCAUUGAGAGCCUGUCCCGAGGGUUCCCAUCGUGGUGAAGGAGUUCUGCUCAGAGCUGCCUCUCUUCCCCUGCACCCUCUAUGGCACCACGUGUGACGCCUUUGACAGGCUCUUCUUGGAGGAUGUGUGGCUGCCUGAGCUGAGCGUAGGCGAUUGGCUGGUCUUCCCCUCCAUGGGUGCCUACACGUCCUCCGUGAGCUCCAGCUUCAAUGACUUCCUGCCCAUCACCAUCUUCUAUGCCAUUGGCCCCCAGCUCAGGAGCCUUCUGGAGGCAGAGCCUUAA